UUCAUGUUGUCCUUACAACAAGUUCUAUCUAUAAAUAGGUGCUUACAAGUCACUAGUUUCCUUAGUCAUUCCUACAAACGCCUCCACAUGGGCACUUAUUGGUUGUUGGCUAUGUUUUCCUUCUUUCUUUUCUAUGGUGUUGCCCAUAUUGAAGCUUUCCAUCAAACUCAUUCUUUGAACCAAACAUAUAAACCUUCUUUUCACUUCCAACCUCACAAGAAUUGGAUGAAUGACCCUAAUGGCCCUAUGAGAUACAAGGGACUAUACCAUAUGUUCUACCAACACAAUCCAAAAGGAGCAAUAUGGAGCAACAAUAGUAUUGUUUGGGGCCAUUCUAUUUCAAAGGAUCUAGUGAAUUGGUUAUCAUUACAACAUGCUCUUAUUCCAAGUGAAUCAUAUGAUAUCAAUGGUUGUUGGUCAGGUUCAUCCACACUUCUCCCUAAUGACAAACCAAAAAUCUUAUACACAGGAAUUGACAUUAAUCAACACCAAACUCAAAAUUUGGCCAUACCCAAAAAUGUGUCUGACCCAUUACUUAGGGAAUGGAUAAAAUCACCUAAUAACCCUUUAAUGGAACCAAAUAAUGUUAACAAAAUUAAUGCAACUUCAUUUAGAGACCCUACCACUGCUUGGAUUGGUCAUCAUGAUGGAUUUUGGAGAGUACUUAUUGGAAGCCAAAAAAAGGAUAAGGGGAUUUUAAUUUUAUUUAAAAGUAAAGAUUUUUUUAAUUGGAUUCAAGAUAAAAAUCCUUUUUAUUCAGCUAAAAAUACUGGAAUGUGGGAGUGUCCUGAUUUUUUCCCUGUUUUGAUUAAUGGUUCAAUUGGACUUGAUAUAUCAAUUAAUAAUGGUUAUGGUAUUAGGCAUGUGGUCAAGGUUAGUUUAAUUGAUGUGUCACAUGAUUAUUAUUUUAUUGGUACUUAUGACACUAUUAAGGAUGUGUUUGUUCCUGAUAAGGGAUUUGACAAAAUUAAUAAUGAGUUAUCAUUGGUACUAAGAUAUGAUUAUGGAAAAUUUUAUGCAUCUAAAACAUUUUAUGAUGGUGAAAAAAAGAGAAGGGUCUUAUGGGGUUGGAUUAAUGAAUCUUCAAUUCAAGAGGAUGAUGUUAAAAAAGGAUGGUCUGGAAUUCAGGCAAUUCCUAGGACUCUUUGGCUUCAUAAAUCUGGGAAGCAAUUGAUUCAAUGGCCUAUAGUUGAAAUUGAAAAACUACGUAGCAACCAUGUUAACUUGCACUCUAAAGUGUUAAAGGGAGGAAAAAUGCUUGAGAUUUUUGGUGUGACAGCUGCACAGGCUGAUGUUGAAAUUUCAUUUGAAGUGAAAGAGCUUGAAAAGGCACAAGUCUUAGACCCUAGUUGGAAAUUGGACCCUCAACAUCUAUGUAAGGAAAAUGGUUCAAAAGUAAAAGGUGUAGUAGGAUUGGGACCAUUUGGUUUACUAGUUUUGGCUUCAAAGGACAUGAAAGAAUACACAACAAUUUUCUUUAAGGUAUUUAGAGGUAACAAAAAACAUGUGGUGCUCAUGUGUUGUGACACAAGAAGGUCUUCUUUGAAUCACAAUAAUGACUUGGCCAAUUAUGGAGCUUUUGUGGAUGUAGACCCUAUUAAUGAGGAGUUGUCAAUAAGAAGUUUGAUAGAUCACUCUGUGGUGGAGAGUUUUGGGGCACAAGGAAAAGCAUGCAUCACAACAAGAGUUUAUCCAACUUUGGCAAUCAAUGAUAAAGCACACCUUCAUGUGUUCAAUAAUGGAACAAUUGAUGUUAAAAUCAAGAAGUUAAAUGCUUGGAGCAUGAAAAAAGCAAAGAUUAAUGAAAUGCAUUAGUAAUAAUAAUCAAUAAAAUAGUGGAGAUAUUAAUGAAAUAAUUAAACAAAGAAGAAGACCCUUUUAUUCUUCUUGUUUAGUUUUUGUUUUACAAA